GUUACCCGGAAGUUUAUUUUCAUUGUUGCUCAAAAGACUCUGGUACAAGACUGUAGAAAACCCGUUUCAGAGAUGACGCAUAUCACAGUGCGAAAAGCAGCUGAUGGCCGUGCGGUUUUAUCCCAGUGUCGGAAGAGCCAAUUGUUUUAUUGCCCCUUCUGCCAGCCCUCCAUCUUCAAGCCGCGCGACUAUGCCAGUGUGUUGACUCACAUUGAAUCUCACAGACUGAAGGCUGUGCUACACAGAGAGUUCACAAUAUUCAUAUGUCAUUUGGAGUGCAGAGCAGCGAAGCAUUUCCACUGCCCACAUUGCCCCAAGACCUAUGUAAACAGGAGAGAUUUUACUAAACACAUUUCACAGUGUGAGUUAAUACACAGACCCAGCUGUAACCCAGAUGACAGCCAUGCAACGGAGAAUGCCCCAGGGUCAACGGUGAAUGCCCCCGGGUCAACGGAGAAUGCCCCCGGGUCAACGGAGAAUGCCCCCGGGUCAACGGAGAAUGCCCCCGGGUCAACGGUGAAUGCCCCCGGGUCAACGGAGAAUGCCCCCGGGUCAACGGAGAAUGCCCCAGGGUCAACUGUAAGAGCCUCAGAGGCCCUCAAUGUAUCCAGUGGAACUGUGAAGGUCCCAGGUGACACAGGUUCAACUUCAUUAAACCCAGAUGAACCCAAUGCAACUGUAAAAUGCCCAGUUUUAGAGUGUCCAGCUGUGCGAUCUGCAGUCAAGCAGAAAAUCAAAUGUCCGAACUGCAGUUUGUGGCUUAACAAAAAUAACCUGAGGAAGCAUCAACAAAGGAAGCACGUGUCUACUGAUAAGGACAGUGCAUCGCAUCCCACUGUGAGACCGGCAGUUAAGCGCAAAAGUGCUCCAUGCGGUCAACUAAGAAAGCGUGCCUGCACGGGCCAGGACACCGUGGUCUCUUUGGACCCUGAACUCAUGCUGCAGAUGGACGAGCCCAAGAGAUGGCGGGAGAAUCCAGCAAAUACGAUUCUUGACCUUAUGGCUCCGUGGCUUGAACGCUUGAAUUCUGACCAACAAUUCGAGGUUGUCCGGCUCCUGAUGGGGUAUGUCUUAGAGCUGAUGGACCAGUUCCCUGGGUCUUCUUCAUCCACCUCCCAUUAAGAACAUUAUCCCUGAAAACAUUUGUUGCGCUAAACACGUUUGUAUGUACGAUGUAGAAUUUCUAUGUAUGUAUUUAAUUUUUGCAUUUAUUUUUUGGUGAUGCACCUAAUGUCAACAGGUGAAAAUAAAGGAAAAACCUAUUUUCAGCUGGAAAAUGUAAUACAAUCUUAACUAUCAAAUUGCACAUUGCCCAGUUGAUGAAGCAAAGUAGUUUCUUGUAUGAGUGGGAGCAUGAUCCCAUCCUUUCCCUAUAAUUCCCCAAACUUUGUCUUAGGUAGAACACAUACAUCGAUCACCCAUAACUACCACUGACCGGUGAAGUGAGUAACACUGAUAAUCUUGUUAUCAUGGCACCUGUCAGUGGGUGGGAUAUAUUAGGUAGCAAGUGAACAUUCUGUC